CCCCCAACCCUUUUGAAAGGUGAUAAGAUUCUUGUGUCUAGCAAACACCUCUCCUACUUUCCAUUCCACAGCCAAUGCCGACCAAAAAAACUCGGCAAAAUCUGUAUUUUCUUUACAAUUAAAUAACACCCAAAACCCCCCCAAAAAAGAAGAAAAAGUUAUCAAUAAUGACUGAACUAAAAGGGGAUCAAGAAAAUCAUCAUAAGCAGCAGGAGGAGGAGCCACAAAGGGGGUGUCUUUGUGAUUUUUGUGGGAAUAAUACUGCACUUUUGUAUUGUAGAGCAGAUUCAGCUAAGCUCUGUUUUACAUGUGACCGUGAAGUUCAUUCUACUAAUCAGCUUUUUACUAAACAUACUCGUUGGUUACUCUGUAAUCUUUGUGAUUCUUCUCCAGCUUCAAUAUUAUGUUGUACAGAGAGUUAUGUUUUUUGUCAGAAUUGUGAUUGGGAAUCUCAUAAUAAGCAAUUGUCUGUACAUGAAAGGAGACCACUUGAAGGGUUUAGUGGGUGUCCUUGUGUGUCUGAGUUGUUGUCCAUUUUUGGAUUUGAAAAUUUGGGGAAGAAGGAACUUUUGUAUGGUGUUGGUGGUGAUUCUGUUUGUUGUGAUGGAGGUUAUGGUUUCUCUGAUUGGGUUAUUUGGGAUACUCCUUCUGUUGUUAGUCUUGAUGAUUUGAUAGCUAAUAAUGAUUCUGGACACAAUUUUCAAGCUAUUGGGGUUCCUCCUCUACCCAAGAACCGAAAUGCUGCAUGUGGGAAACAUAAGGAAGAAAUACUUUGUCAGCUUCGUGAAUUAUCAAAGUUGGAACCAAAUUCUAGUGAUGAUCAAGAUGAAACUGUACCAACUGUAGGAUUUCAAUCUAUGGAAUCUGCCCAAAAUUGUCCAUUGAGAUUUAAAGGUUCAGGAUUUAUGCAGAAUUCAGAUCAACAUUUAGUUCCUUCAUCUGAGGUGAGUGCCUUUAAAUGGCGCAGUGAUGCUGGUGAAUUCGCAGAUCAAGGCUUUUCUUCUUCUUUACCGGACUGCUUCAUUGAGACGAAGUGUUUACUUCCAGACAGAGGUUCAGAUGUUUGUGAUGCUUCUGGUGGAGCAAAUGAAGAACAAUCUCAUAAUCCUCCCACUGCUGAAACAACAUUUCAAAUGGUACCUAAAAUUGUUCAUCGUGAGCUAAACAGCCAAGAAAGAGAAACUGCUGUGUCACGGUACAAGGAGAAGAAGAAAACAAGGAGAUAUGAGAAGCAUAUUAGGUAUGAGUCAAGGAAGGCUCGGGCAGAAACUAGAACGCGAAUCAAGGGGCGUUUUGCCAAGAUGGAUUACAGGGAUUCCUCCGUGCCUCAGUAAUCUUUUCCGAAUAAGGUUGCAAAAGCAAACAAUCCAGGACAUUCUGCUGGAAGAUCAUCAGUAUUACUGUAAUGAAGGUUUUUGUUAAUUCUGUCAUGUGGACUGCAAGUCUUUUAUUAGCUCGGUCGCAGGAUCUGUAGAGGCAAUAGGAGAGUCUGUCUUUCAGCAUUUAUUCAUAGUACUUUGUAAAGCUAAAAGUUGAUAAAAACAGUAGCAUAGAAAAGGGAGGGGAAAAGUGAGAUUUAGUAUAGUUUUGUGUUGCUUGCUGUGUAUGUAGGCUUCUGCAAUUCAGCUUAUAUAUACCUCAUUGUAUUGUCUAUCAACUUUUGCAGUUCUAUGUUAACAGCUGGUUUGUAUA